AUGCCUCCCGGCGGAUGUCCCAUCGCUGGGUUCAGCACGCUACGCCUAGAAGGUCUAGAGAAGCGGUCUUCACCGGAGAAGGCAGAGCUGGUGCACUCUAUUGCCGACGACAUGAGUGGAACCUUGAUGUGCAUCGCACAGCACGCGGAGGAAGGAACCCUGUCAUCCAGACACAUCGAACCCAUCGAUGGAGUGAUUCGCAUCAUCCGCGACACCGAGGUAUCACAACGACGGAGGCUGGAACGACGAGUGCGGCGACUACGAGGCAUGCGACGAUGGCUGCGUCGCGAGUUUCGGAAGAUGGUCAAACGCGCAGAUUUAGUGUCACGGGCUUGGAAAAACAAGGCGGCCACAUUGAAGGGAAAUAUUCAGGCGCUGCAGAUUGAGGUGGCUGUGAUGAGGAGGCAAGGCGAGAUGCUGCGGGCAUGUAUAGAGCAGGGAGAAAGCGGAGAAGGGGAAGAGAGCACGCAGAGCGAGGAUGCCAUCAAGAAAGAUGGGGCCACGAGAGAUUAA